AUGACCAACAAUCGCUGGGUACGCAACAGCUUAAUCUAUCUGCUGAUAAUUAUUGGCGUGAUAGUCAUCUUCUAUACGCUGAUCCCCAGCCUGGGUAGCAGCGAGCAACUCUCGCUCACCGAGGUAAUGGGGCAGGCCAGUACCGGCCAGAUUGAACGAAUCAUCGUAGACGGGGAAAAACUCACCGUCAUACCGCGAGUUGCCCGGGGUGGAGACACCACCAAGUACACUAGUCGCAUCGGCAAAAACACCGACCUGAUCCAGCUGUUUACCGACGCCAGGAUCCUGGGCCAGAACCCGGCAAACGCGGCCGCACCCGAGAUUGAGUACAAGGGCUCCAGCGGGCUGGGCAGCGUCUUUGGUAUCCUGAUCAACUUCCUGCCCCUCAUAUUCUUUGGCGGGCUGAUACUGCUGAUGAUGCGGCAGGCCCAGGGCUCCAACAACCAGACCAUGAGCUUCGGUCGCAGCCGCGCCCGUAUGCUGCCCUUCAAUCGUCCGUCCGUAACCUUCAACGACGUGGCCGGUGUGGAUGAAGCCAAGGCUGAGCUGGAAGAAGUGGUCGAAUUCCUGAAAUUCCCGGAGCGCUUCCUGGCUUUGGGCGCGCGCAUCCCCAAGGGCGUGCUGCUGGUCGGCCCGCCCGGCACGGGCAAAACCCUGCUCGCCCGCGCCGUAGCCGGAGAAGCCGGCGUGCCCUUCUUCCAUAUUUCAGGCAGCGAAUUCGUUGAGAUGUUCGUCGGCGUGGGAGCCGCCCGGGUUCGCGACCUGUUCGAGCAGGCCAAGCGCAACGCGCCCUGCAUUCUGUUCGUCGAUGAAAUCGACGCGGUGGGACGGCACCGUGGCGCCGGUCUCGGCGGCGGCCACGACGAACGCGAACAAACACUGAACCAGAUCCUCGUCGAAAUGGACGGCUUCGAGACCAACACCAACAUCAUCGUCAUUGCCGCCACCAACCGGCCCGACAUCCUUGAUCCGGCCCUGCUGCGCCCCGGUCGUUUUGACCGCCGCGUUACGCUGGACCUGCCCGACGUGGUCGGACGCCACGCCAUCCUGCGGGUUCACGCCGCCGGCAAACCAUUGGCUGGAGAAGUCAACCUGGAAAUCAUCGGACGCGAAACUCCCGGUUUCAGCGGCGCCGACCUAUCCAACCUGGUCAACGAGGCAGCGCUGCUGGCCGCACGCAAGAACCAGUCCAGCAUCUUCAUGCCGGACUUCGAGGAAGCCAUCGAGCGGGUCAUCGCCGGCCCCGAGCGCAAGAGCCGCGUCAUCAACCAGCGUGAAAAGGAGAUGACCGCCUACCACGAAGCGGGUCAUGCCCUGGUGGCCUGGCACCUGCCACACGCCGACCGUGUGCACAAGAUCAGCAUCGUCUCCCCGCGGCAACAUGGGCGGCCACACCACCCUGCUGCCCUCUGA